CUAAUAUACAUGUGCGUAGUUCCGUAGUCUUCAAGAUACACAACCAACAACGCAUUUCUAUAAUAGAAGACCAAUUCUACGCUUCUGCAAAAUAGUAUAUACAUACAGUAUUGUAGGUAUCUACACGUCUAUAUUUCACUUGCCUCUUUUCUUCAUUUCUUUUACCCUUCUCCUUCUUUUCCGUUUGUCUCCUACUUCUCUCUUAUCCUCGACAAUCUGGCCGUGAUGUGAUGGGGGGAAAAGAGGAAAAGCACGGCAUAGUAGAUGAGACUAUGUCGUCUCUUCCAGAAGACUACCUUGAAAGAGUCUAUGCCGGUGUCCUUGGCAAGCUGAUCGGGGUAUACAUGGGUCGCCCGUUCGAGGGAUGGACACAUCAGCGUAUCCUCGCCGAGCUAGGACAUGUCCGGUACUAUGUCAACGAAAAGCUAAAGCUCCCCAUAGUUGUCACAGAUGACGAUAUCUCCGGCACCUUUACAUUCGUGAGGGCGCUAGAGGAACAUUAUACCCCCCAUUUUAACCCUGUUCAACAUCAGAAAAGCCAUGAUGAGAACGACGACAAGAUGGAAAUCACAGAAGCCUUAGAAAACUCUGAAACUUGUAGAUCCUCUAGCACCCCUAGCACCCUGGACACCACACAGGAUGAUCCUAUUACUGCUGAGCAGAUCGGAAAGACGUGGCUCAAUAACGUGAUCAAAGACCGCACAGUCUUUUGGUGGGGUGGCAACGGCGUAUCGACUGAGCAUACGGCCUUCUUAAACCUACGAAAGGGAAUCAAGGCACCUCACAGCGGCUCAAUACAUACGAAUGGCCGUACGAUCGCCGAGCAGAUUGGCGCUCAGAUUUUUAUUGAUGGGUUUGCUAUGGCGGCACCGGGAGAACCAGCUUUAGCCGCUCAGCUCGCAGGAGCAGCAGGCUCGGUGAGCCACGAUGGAGAGGCCGUAUACGCAGCGCAGCUCUGGGCUGCCAUGGAGGCUGAAGCAUUUUUCUCCAAUGAUGUGAACCAUCUAUUAGAUACCGGACUCAGCUUCGUACCCUCUGAUUCGCUUAUAGCCGCAUUGGUUGAAGACGUGCGUGCGUGGUGUGAGGACGACGACGAUUGGAUGUAUACACGACAAAGAAUCGAGAAGAAAUACGGGUACGACAAGUUUCCGGGAUUCUGCCACGUGAUACCCAACCAUGGCAUCAUGAUCAUGUCGUUAAUAUAUGGAGGGAAUGACUUCGCUGAAGCCAUGCAUAUUGUGAAUACAUGCGGUUGGGAUACAGAUUGCAACUCGGGAAACGUUGGGUGUUUGGUUGCUAUCAUGCACGGGAUGGCGGCGUUUAAUUCCAGAGAUUAUGACUGGCGAGGACCGUUAGCUGAUCGUGCUCUGAUCUCGAGCGCAGACGGCGGGUACUCUAUCAAUAACGCCUGUGAUAUCGCUUACGACAUUGUAAACAUGGGCCUGAAGCUAGCAGGAGAAGAAGCUCUCCCACCCCCGAAACGAGGCGCGCAGUUUCACUUCAGCCUACCAGGGAGCGUUCAGGGGUUCUAUGUUCAUCAUAAUGAUGGAAAAGAGCCGGGAGGAGCCAUCAUGCACACCAUCAAGGGCAAUAACCCCACCCUAAAGCUUUCCGCUCAUACAAAAAAGUUAGUAGCUCUGACGGAUACUUUUAUACCGCCUAACGAUCGCCAAACGAGUAUCUACGGGCUAGUCGCCUCGCCGCGAGUAUAUCCUGGACAAGUUCUCAGCGUGUCACUAAGAGCUCAUCCUGAUCAGCGUUAUACCAUAGCGGCAAAAAUAAUUCUAAGGGCUUAUACGCACAAAGACAAGCUCGAAGACUUUUCUAGCGAUCAUAUUAAUUUAAAUCCACACGAUCAUAAGGUCUUGCAAUGGAGGGUCCCGGCGUGUUUGGGCUGCCGACCAAUUCAGGCUGUGGGCAUAGCUAUCGUACAAGUCAAGGCAACAAACGACAGUGCUGGAGUCAUAUAUAUGGACCAUCUCAGAUGGGAUGGCACUCCAGCUCUUGUCCUUGAACCGGGUGACUACCGAGAUGGGCCCCGGACCUUCUACAAACAGUCUUUCGUCAAUGGUGCCGACGUGUUCAAUCUUUCUAACAGCACGUUCGUGGUAGCUCAGGACCAGGGCGAAGGUAUCGUCAGCUACGGCACGCGAGACUGGACAAAUUACAGGGUCAUAUUUAGGGACUUCACUGCCAAUAUAGGCGGGCCAGCUGGUGUUGCUGUGCGGGUACGAGGGCUGAAUAGAUACUACGCGCUGUUCUUCCAUAAGGGUAGUGCCAAUAUUAGCGGUUCCAAGAACCGCAUCGCACUCAUCAAAGCUCUCGACGACGAGCGUAUUGAACUAGCCAGCGCAGACUUCGACUGGGAGUACGAUCUGCCAUAUAAUGUGAUUUUUAAAGUAUCAGGAGACUUACUAAAUGCCCGAAUCGGCAAAACCGAGCUCUCGGCACGCGACGCGCAGUACCUCGGCGGCGGAAUAGGAAUGGUAGUGACGGACGGCUCGAUACUAACAAAAAGCAUUAAAAUCGGACCCUUGAUAUAAUAUAGCUGGCUAAGGAAAUGGGGGAAAGAGUGUAGGUUCAGGGCCUGGCGUAUGGAAUAGGAGUGAAAAUUGACAGGGCUUUUUUAUGAUGAAAAAGUGAACAUAGAAAAGAGCAAGGUCUAUCCAGUGUAUCAAUGAUUGGUAGCUGGGCUAUAGGAAAAGGAGGCAUCUAGCAAGUCAUUUCAAAAGGAUCAGAAUAUUGACUCAACCGCACACAAAUCUUACCUUCGAACAUAAGGUAGAUUAGGUAGUCAUUUAUAUCUUAGCCUCAUCGCAUUAUCUAUGACUGCCUUGGCAAUUCUUACAUCAGAAACAUCAAGAUCUGGCAUCUAUAUGGUUAGGCCAUAAGCCAGUAGUUAGUUAGUGUAUUACGACUGCUCAGAUAGACCAGCUCGUACGAUCGUACGCAUAUGUAUUGUAUAUGACAUGCUCUCUUUCUCUCAGCCCUUCACCCCCUCAACACCAAUUCAACAAUAUGCAUAGCAUUUUCCGCAUAGUCGAGAUCUAGAUUACGACCAUGGACGCGACGCCCAUCUCGACGUGAACGAUGCCUACACCUCCCCUGCAAAUAAAACAACCAUGACAUGAUGAUGAUGAUGAUGAAUGACUAUGACUUUCCCUCCCCGUAUCCGUAGAGCUCCGUUUUCUCAUUAUAAGUUAAAAAGUCUAUACCA